CACCGCCGACUGCUCGUGGGUGUCACUCAAACACGAAAACCCGACAGCCACCGAAGACGACGACCAUGAAGAAGUGCAUCGUGCUCGUCUCCAACCAGAGCUUUUCGGCGGAGAACAAGAGCAACACCGCGUCGCUCAACGCGCUUCUGGACGCCAAGAAGAUCAAGCGCGACGAGGUCGACGGGUCGGCCGAGGACAUGGUCGACCGGCGGAACGCGCUCUUUGGCAUCAGCGGCGUCCGGGGCUCGUACCCGCAGGUCUUCCUUGUGGACGAAGGCGAGACCACGCCCCGCUUCAUUGGUCUCUUUGACGCGAUCCACGACAUGAACGAAAUGAACGACCUGCCCACGGACAUCAUUGAGCAAAACAACAUCCUGACCUUCGACGCCGUCUUUGCCGACGUGGAACGAAUGGGCUAAUUAGCCUGGACCACCGACAAGACGGACGCGACGCUACUAGACCCCGGCGCCAUCGACGAUAUUACACUAUUUGCUUUCAGAACACGCAAACCGUUCUCUCCCUC